GUUGGUGUGAAGGUGGCUUCACUUAGUAUGGAAAUAUCACCUUCGUGUAUGCCUUGGGAAGGAUGCCAUUGGUCUGGUAACACCAGUGAUGUGUCCUCUUACUCAGUCUUAUUGACACAGGUGAGAAGAGCAGAGGUGUUUUCUACAGGUGUAUAACCAAGUUUAACUUUUGGACUUUUUAUCACUGUGUAGGAGAUUAAUUAUAUAAAUAGAUUCAUUUAAGAGAGAAUGAUUUAUGUUACAUUAAUAUCACUUAUUGUUGGAUAAUAACAAUAUAUUGUAUAAAAACAGAAAUUGAAAUAUUUGAAGAAAUCUGUGUGUUUACCUGGAGUUUUCCUGGAGAGGGUUUUGGGGGUAAACACCCCCACGGCUUGGUCUGAGACCAGGCUUCAUGGUGGAUCAGGGUCUAAUCAGCCAGGCUGUUACUGCUGGCUGCACGUAAACUGACGUAUGAACCACAGCCCAGCUGAUCAGGUACUGACUUUAGGUAUCUGUCCAGCGCCUUCUUGAAGAUACAAGAGUCUGUUGAUAAUUCCCCCUUAUGUAUGCUGGUAGGCAGUUAAACAGUCUUGAGCCCCUGAAGGAUGAUUUAUUUUUAGUGACUUUUGAGUAUAUUACUUCUUAAAUCUCUGAGCUAGACUCUUGCAUUAUUGUGGAGAUAAGAUAUUAGAUGGAAUGUUAGAAAUAGGGAUGGAUAACUAAAGUUCAAAUAUGAGUCGAAAAAUUAUUGCGAAAAAAGAACUUAACAGAUUGCAUGAUUUUGAAAAAAAAUUGAAAGAAAGUCCUGAAAGUGAUAAGGAACAUCAUUCUCGAGGUAGAGCAUCAUCUCCAUCACCUCUAGCUAGGCCUGCUUUCACUGCCAGAACAUCUUCAAGGUCUGCUAGUAAUGCACCCCUGCAAGAGACACCUUCCACCUCUUGCCUUGUUUUGCUACAUAGUUCAAAUGCUUCACCAACUAAAUCAUUUGUUACUAUUAGAUCAAAACAAUCUCCGAAUUCCUUGUCAUUAGUGGAAAAUUCAGCUUCUACUUCUCCAAAAGCCUUACCUUUACAUACAUCACAUUCAUCACCUGAGUCAGGUGUCAAGUCUUCCCUGGCAUCAACAGCUAGAGUGAAAUCUAGAUCCAAAUCUCCAUCUCCUCUUGCUAAGGAUUUUCUGUCUCUGAAAGGAACCUUAACUUCUUCAAUUAUCAGUGGGCAAACUCAAGGUAAUUCCUCGAAGACUUCUUCACCUGGUGCAAGAAUUUUUCCUUCCACGAUAAACUCCUCACUUAAAAAGAAUCUUUCCACCUCUACUAGAAAUCUUUCCACAUCUCCAAAGCAUAUAUCUUCUAUGAAGAUAAUCUCCUCAUCUGUCAAGACUCUUCAUAUUGCUUCUGAAACAGGAUCUGCUUCAUCUUCACAACAGACUGAGGUUAAGUUGGAGCGAGUGUUGGGGUUGACUGUGCCCAGCAAUGCUGCUCUUGACUGUGACCCUCACACUGGACACGUCGCCUACCCUGCUGGAUGUACCGUAGUGUUACUUAACUCACGCAAGAACCGACAGCAGCACCUGCAGAAUGCCUCACGUAAGACGAUCACCUGUGUGGCGUACUCUCCAUGUGGUCGCUACCUGGCCACCGGCGAGUGUGGCCACCAACCCUCCGUCAGGGUGUGGGACAUCUCCGACAGGACCCAGGUGGCAGAGUUUCAGGGCCACAAGUACGGCAUCUCCUGUGUAGCAUUUUCUCCCACGCAGAAAUAUGUUGUUUCUGUUGGAUCUCAGCAUGACAUGAUUGUUAAUGUCUGGGACUGGCGAGGAGGGAUCAAAGUUGCUUCCAACAAGUUUUCCAGUAAAGUAAAGGCCAUUAGCUUUGCAGAAAAUGGCUCUUAUUUUGUCACUGUUGGCAACCGCCAUGUCAAGUUUUGGUACCUGGAAGUUGCACGAGGUUCUAAGUUCAAGGAGCCAGUACCUCUUACUGGGCGAUCUGCUAUACUGGGAGAGCAGAGGAAUAAUUAUUUCUGUGAUGUUGCCUGUGGCAGAGGGGACAUGGGAGAUUCUACAUUUGCCAUUACUAAAUCUGGUCUCCUCUGCGAGUUUAACAACAGACGGUUGUUGGAUAAAUGGGUGGAGCUUAGAACAACAAGUGCCAAUUGUGUGGUAGCUGGGGAAGAAUACAUUUUUGUGGGCUGUGCUGAGGGUAUUAUUCGUUGCUUUAGCCCAUUUAACCUUCAGUUCAUAACAACUCUUCCACGGACACAUUAUCUUGGAGUUGAUGUGUCAAAGGGGCUAACCAUCAGUCACAUGGCCACCCAUCCCAAUAAUGCCAAGUACCCCGACACCAUUGCCAUUGCUUUUGAUGAAAACAACCAUAAAGUGACGGCUGUGUAUAAUGACCACUCCAUGUAUGUGUGGGAUGUUAAGGAUAUCAAAAGGGUUGGAAAAACCCAUUCAUAUCUCUAUCACUCUGCAUGCAUUUGGGGUGUGGAGACUUACCCAUCUCAGGGUGAAAGCAUCAAAGGAGUGAUGCCUCCUGGUUCUUUUAUCACCUGUUCUUCUGAUGACACCAUACGUGUGUGGAAUAUUGAUCCUGCCAUGUCCUCAGAUACCUUAUACAAGAGAAAUAUAUAUAGCAGUGAACUCCUCAAAACGUUGUAUGUGGAUCCAGAGCUGCUAUUCAUCAAAGAUACGGAUGUCAGCCCCCAAGGUGGAGACAGAAACGACACAUCAUAUGAUUCUCGUAAUGGUGUGAGAUGCAUUAGAGUUAGUCCUGAUGGUAAACAUCUGGCAUCUGGAGAUCGAGCAGGAAACAUCAGAGUACACGAGUUGCAGUUCCUUGACGAACUGUGUAAAAUAGAAGCUCAUGAUGCAGAAGUGUUAAGUUUAGAGUACUCCCGUCCUGAUACUGGUCACAGGUUUCUGGCCUCUGCAUCUCGUGAUAGACUGAUUCAUGUGUUUGCUGUAGACCAGGAUUACAGCUUUGUGCAAACUUUAGAUGAUCAUUCUUCAGCUAUAACGUCAGUAAGAUUUUAUCAAAGCCAGGGUGCUCUACAGAUGGUGUCCUGUAGUGCUGACCGAUCCAUUAUCUUUCGUAGUGCCACAGUGACCCCACAGAAUGAAGUCUGGUUUUCCCGUGGCCACAAUGUUGCAGGAAAAACUACAUUAUAUGAUAUGGAGGUUGAUCAUGGUCAACGACAUGUCCUCACAGCUUGCCAGGAUCGUAAUAUCAGGGUUUAUAAUGUUAAUACUGGCAAGCACUCUAAAACUUUCAAAGGUUCUAUUGGCGAUGAUGGAACUCUGAUAAAAGUUAUUCUUGAUCAGAGUGGCAUCUAUGCUGCUACCAGCUGUACAGAUAAGAAUAUGUGCAUCUAUGAUUAUUACUCUGGGGAGUGCAUGGCUACUAUGUUUGGCCACUCUGAACUCGUUACUGGACUACGCUUCACAAGUGAUGGUAAACAUCUCAUAACUGUUUCUGGCGAUGGCUGCAUCUUUUUGUGGAAAAUGCCUCAUGACAUGACCCAGACGAUGACAGCACGUUUAGCCCAACAAGCAGAGAGAGCUUCCAAGGAAAAGAAAAAGCCACAGAGACAGUCUAUUGACAACGAGGACUUCAGGGGUGCAUCUGAGGAUAUCUUUGAUCAGAAUGCAAAUGAGGCAGAGGAGCCAGAUUAUAGAUUCAGUAUGGGACAGUUACCUUUGUGGGCCAAGAAGCAAAUGACGGAGCCUCAAGGCCCAGGCGGAGGCAUUGGGGACAGAGGAGGAGUUGAUUUGCCCAAGGGACGAUGGGCACAGCGUCUUCAUAACAAUGCUAUCACCUUCAAAAGCCAUUAUGACACUGAUUCUGUUAUACCAUUUCCAGCAAGAGAGAAACGUGCAGCAGACUCAGAGUCUAGUAAAGACAGUUCCUUAGAGGAGAGUGUCGGUGUUCACAAGCAGUACAGUGCUGCACGCAGAGACAAUAUCAUAUUAACUAAACAGGAUUCGAGUGGAGAUCCUGACUUUGUCCCUUGUCCUGACAGUUUAAAGGAAAUAAUUUCCGGGGAAGAAUCUUUCCAGGGUUCACCCUCUAAAAUUAACACUAAAAGAAGUAAUGACCCACUUGGCCGAAAUAGACAUCACACAGAUGAAAGUGAUGUUAGUAGUCUACGAGUGGAUGAUGGUGCAACGGAUCAUGAUGGAGACAUAGAAGACUGCAGUGAACAUGAUGAUGAAAGCACAGAACCUGAGCACUCUGAGCAUCUUAUGUAUUAUCCACAUAAUGAUGACACAGCGAGUGACUUUACUGUGAAUGCAAUGGAUGUUGAAAAAAUUCCCGACGGUUUUAAACGCCGCCAUAGAAAAGCUGGGACCAGAGGGCCCCCAAAAAUAUUUUCCCAAGUAUCAUUUUCUGGUUCUCAAGAUAGUGAGGGGGAGGACCCAGUGUCUACUCCGAGUGCAGAUACUGCUGAACGUAACAUUAUGUCCAUGUUAAGUGUUAGCACCGAGAGUAUUGAUCGUGUUGGACGUCGGGAGAAUUUUCUCAAAACCAAUUAUGAAUCCUUAGAAGGAGAAGCGUCUAGACCUGAAAAAGAAAUAAAAAAUAAGAACAGCAUAUCCUAUAAAUUUAAUUCAAGAAAUAAAGACACUCAAGUCUCCAAUAAAAGAGAAGAACUUUUGAGGAGGAUUGAAGAAACAAGAAAGAAACUGCAAAGUAUCGGAUAUAAAUCCAAUCUAAGAAAUAGCAAGAGCAUCUCAGACCUUAGCAACAUUCCAGAGAAAGAUACAUCUUACAUGUCUGGGAACCAAGGUAACCACCAUCAGUGUGAUGAUAUCCCCUUCCAUCAUCCUGUCCUCACUGCAUCUCACAUUCCUCUCACAGGCACAAGCAAUUUUCCUGAAUUGCUCACAAGCAGUAUUCCAAAACCUGUGCCUGGUAUUGUGGGUAGUAUUCCUGAAUUAGUAUCAGGCUGUCUGCCCCAGUAUGCUACUGGCAGUAUACCUGAGUUAGGGUCCAGUUGCCUUUCAGAGUUGGGAAGUAUUGGUGCAGAUAGCAAAGUUGACAGUUUAGGAAAAAUUGGUGUUGCAGUUUUUGAUGGGAGUGCUGUGCCAAGAGAUCAGCAGAGAACAGGUAAGCAACUACUAGCACAGCUAGAAAGAGACUUACAGGAGUUUGACCUUUUGAUGGGAUGCCCACCAUCACCACCUGAAGUUGACACAGAUUCAUUGGAGGAAACUCUCCGAAGUUUGGCUCUAUUGAGUUCUCAGACUCUUUCUAAGCAGGUUCAUCAAAAUCGUCACAGAACUGAUGAAGACUCAGACAGUGAUACUGUAAAGAGUGAAACAUCAAAUUUUAGUUGUGAUAGUUUAGAGGAUGGAGAAAAUGACGAUGAAGAGGAUGAAACAGCAGCUGAGCCAGAGGCUGUGGACAUCCCUCGCCACUGUGUAUUUGAAGUACCUAGAACUUUGCCACGCCGUAAAAGGCAGAGAUGGCAGAGACUCUCCCUUGAAGGUGUAACAAGGAACCGACCAAAUGAUUAUGAGUCAGAUGUUUUUCCCACUAAUGAAAUGCCAACUGCUUCUCAUUCCCAAGUAUUUCGAACAGCAUCUGAUACAGCACUGGCAAAUAGUGACAGUAACCAUUCAGAUGUACAGACACCCACUAAUCCCCCAUAUUUUUCUGUAAAAUCCCCUGGGCACACAACUAGUUCUAGAUGUGUGGCAGUUUCUGUCACUACACGUGGAAUUGCAUCCCAGCCCAAGGAGAGCUUAAUUAUUCAAGGCAGUGAAAGUAAUAACACUGUUUCCACACAUAAUGUAGAAGCACAUUCCUAUAGGCUUGAGCGUUCAACCCCUGUGACUUUUUCAAUACCUCAGUCCCCUGUGGUAGAACAGCUAAGAAGACAAGGCCGGGAAUUAUCACCAAGGAGACAACCUCACAAAAACCGGGUAAUUCUUCCCCCUGCCAGUUUAGUUGAUGCUGAGGACUUUCCUGUGGUGCAAGCUCAGCCCCUUCCUCCAGGGCCUCCUCCAGCUGUAUAUCUGCCUUCUUCACAGCCUACACUCCCUCCAGGAGUUAUUGCUGCUCCAGGUAGAGCCCACCGGGUUCUCCUAGCAAAGAAGGUCACCAUACACCAAGUACUUCCCUCCAAACAUGGCGGGAGUGGCGACAGUGGGUUCAGCAGCAGUCCUGGUGGUGGCAGUGGUGGGUUACGCCGCGCGUGCUCUCUCAGUGACCUCACCAACCCUGGUGCCCCACGACGCCUUCUGCCAACUCCCCCUUCGGCUGGUGGAAAGAAAAUGGGUGGAAAAUCUAGUAAUAAAUCCCCUGGUCGCUCACACUCGUCUUUAUCACGUUCCAGCUCUAUUGGAGUUCUUAAUCAAACAGGUGAAGAUACUUCUAGAAGUGAACGUCCAAUGCGACCAACUAUAGCAUCUAUGAAUAAGAUGACUCCUCGUGCUCUGAAAAGAAAGGCAUCACUCUCUCAGGCAGUCUCCACAGGUGAUAUUCGACAAUUUCAUGAAGAUUCCAGCUCAGAGGAUGCUUCUCCAUCAGAACAUAAAAAUUCACGCAGUCGUAAUCAUGGUAGUGACAGGCGCAGCAACCUUCCCACUCGUGCGGUGAGUGAGCGUGAUCUCACCCGCAGUAACAGUCUGUCCAGUAAAUCCAGAGGAGAUACAGUACGAGGGCGCUAUGCUUCAGCAUCGUCUCCAGUUUCAAGACGUGGUCUUCCUUCUUCUGAUAUUAGUCGGCCAUCAUCUGCUGCUUCUACUGUGGAUAUGAGUCCUGAGGAAUACCCAACUCGUGAUGACUUGUCAUUCAUAGACUUUGAAAAUAUGCCGCUGAGUGUUGGCGUAGUUGAAAGUGUAUGUGAAUGGGUAGUGGAGGGAUGUGAACGUUUGAGUCAACUGUGGUGGAGAGCUUGUAGUGAAGGAGGUGGAGAGGAGGACCAUCACCGUGCUCUCCGUUCUCUCCUGCUGGGAGCUGCUGCCAGAGCUACUCAUGCCCUUACUCCUCUCACUGCACCUAAUGCUGCACCAGCACCAUCACUAAUGUCUCCAACAGCCCCACCACAACAGGCAACAGAUAGUAAGGAUCCUCGAAUGGUAGCGAUGAUGCAGCAGUACACUGACAUUCUGGUCAAUAUGGUUCAACAAAAGAUGGCAUCACAUCAACCGCCUCCAGGCCCAGCGUAAUUAUACUGUAUAUUCCUCCCAAGAAUCCUGCAGUCCAAAACCCAAACCUUCUGAUAGUCAUAUGUUUUAAGAAGAAGUGUGUUUAGUUUAUGUAAAAUGCUGAGAAUGGUUAGGAUGUUUAGAAAUGAUGUGUGUUCAGGUCUGUACAUGUAUGGGUAUGAAAAUACAU